AUGACGAUUUCUUGGCUUAUCUCCACGCUCCUGUACGCGGUUACUAGCUGGCAGAUGUGGAGUUUGGGUGUAAUUAUGUUCUACACUGCGUUUCAACUUCAUUUCUUACCUGAAAGACUAGCUAGAGUCGCAGCUCGUCUGUAUUUCUAUCCCACAUGGCCACUCACAUAUCUCUCACGACGAAAAAAUUAUUGGACGUUAGUAGACUCUCAUGUCUUUGUCGGAGCAGCUCCAAUGUCUUUCAUGCCUCAUGUAGAUGCUCUAGUGUCUCGUGGGGUUCGUGCGGUAAUCAACUUGUGUGACGAGUACGCAGGACCUGAGAAACAGUAUAGACGUCACCACAUCCAGCAGCUUCGUUUACCAACUGUAGACCAUUCCGAGCCAUCGUUAGCAGCGUUGGAAGAGGCUGUAGCGUUCAUUAAAUCUCAAAAGCAGCAAGGAGUAAGAACUUACGUGCAUUGUAAAGGAGGAACUGGACGUAGUGCUGCUGUGGUUUUGUGUUGGUUAGUCGCAAGUCGAGAGAUGACCCCCCGAGAAGCACAGAAUUAUCUUAACGAGAAACGGCAUGUUCGUAAGUUUUUGUACUUGCAACCGAAUAUUUUGGCGUUCUGUAACAAGCUUCUCAUGAAUAAGAGAAGUAUAAAGGAGAAAAAUCGGAAGUUCUCAUCACAUGAAGAAGCAAAAUCAAUGUGA